AUGAAAGUUUCCUCGCUGCUGCCUGGCUUCCUGCUGCUCCUAGUUUUCGGGGUGUGUGAUCAGCUCGUGGGAGCAAAGAGACAAGAACCAGCUGCUGCGCCUGUAGACCCCAGCACUCGCCUCCGAGGCCUCUGGAAGCUUCACAUGAGGGACUCCCUGCUCAAGGGCAGAGGUUCUAAUUUGGAUCCAGUCAGAGAAAGUUUCAAACAGCAGCUGCUCUACUGCCGUGUUGGGAUUGGCUUCCAUCUCCAGAUUCUGCCCGGUGGCUUUGUGGGAGGUGUCCACAAACCCACUGAGUACUCUUGGCUGAAGGUGUUCGCUAUGAAGCAGGGAGUGGUAGGAAUCAGAGGAGUCAGGAGUGGCUUGUAUCUCUGUAUGAAUGAAGAAGGACUGGCGUAUGGAGCGGAGGAGUUUUCUGAUAACUGCCUGCUGAAGGAGAACCUGGAGGAGAAUCAUUACACUACCUACUCAUCUCUGUCUCACCCAGGCAUCUACCUGGCUCUUUCCCACAAAGGAGAGCUCAGGAAGGGCAACCGUUUAACUCGGCGGCUCUACUGCCGUGUUGGGAUUGGCUUCCAUCUCCAGAUUCUGCCCGGUGGCUUUGUGGGAGGUGUCCACAAACCCACUGAGUACUCUUGGCUGAAGGUGUUCGCUAUGAAGCAGGGAGUGGUAGGAAUCAGAGGAGUCAGGAGUGGCUUGUAUCUCUGUAUGAAUGAAGAAGGACUGGCGUAUGGAGCGGAGGAGUUUUCUGAUAACUGCCUGCUGAAGGAGAACCUGGAGGAGAAUCAUUACACUACCUACUCAUCUCUGUCUCACCCAGGCAUCUACCUGGCUCUUUCCCACAAAGGAGAGCUCAGGAAGGGCAACCGUGUGAGCCGCCAUCAUGCCUGCACCCACUUCCUACCUCGGAGAACACUGUGA